AUGUUGUGCACUCGCGGUAUCACGCGGGCAAUCCGUCCCAUGACAAGUCUACCUCUCAAGUCCCUCUUUAAGACCCUCCCCGCCAGGACAUUUACAUCUCUCACUCCUCUUCGGCCAUCGAUAUUUCCUUCUAUCUCUUCUGGCCUGGCUGUACCGACAAACAUCACGUCCAUUACGGCAGCAACUACCACCAUCGCUCCGCGCAUAAGUUCCCAUCCUGCACUUCAGGCUCUGCAGGUUAGAAACGGGCCAAGAAACACAUUUGACCCCAGUCAUCGUGUUCGAAAGCGGAGAGUAGGCUUUUUGGCAAGGAAGAGGACAAGGGGUGGGCGUGCAGUAUUGAAGAGAAGACAGCUAAAAGGGAGGAGAUCUUUGAGUCAUUAG